AUGGUCGCUGAUAAGGUGCUCAGAGUUAGCAAAGGACUGCCGAAGAGCUUGAGAUCUGAAGUGAUUGUCGACGGUUUCAUGGCAGAUGUACGGCCACUCUUUGUUUCGCCGUCAGCAUCGACUGCCACCUGUCAAACCCUCAAGGAGAUCGACCUCGACAAGCACCUCAUGGCGCAUCUUCCCGUAGUGUUACUCGACAAAGCGAUGUCUGCACUCAAAGAGUUGGUCCCGGCUAUUCGGCUGCUGAGUAGUACGGCCCAAUUUGGUAUCCUGCUCCCCAAUAUGUCUACAGUCGCAGGACAAAACAUCACUUUCGAGAUUAAGCCGAAGUGGCUAGCACAAUCGCCAGCUGCACCUCCGGACGCAAUACGUUGCCGGACCUGUGCUCUGCAGUUCUCACGGGGGAAAGGCGUACCUAACGACUACAUAUGCCCGUUACGGUUGAGUAACGAGAGUCCAGCUUGCAAGGAUGAUAUAGCCUGGAUUCGACGCUGGGCUGAGAACUCCUUAUCGCUGCAAUUCCAAACGGACGGAAAUGCCAAUUCGAAUCAGCAAGCAAACCUUGGAGUCCUUGUCGACCACGUAGUCGCAUACUUCACCACCGGCGACGGCCGGACGCUCCUCCUACAUCUGAAGAAGCUCCAGGCAACCCUAGACUCCGAAGGCAUAUUGCAGCGCUAUGCACACCCCCGUGACGACUUCAACUUCGUAUAUGAUCUUCGUCUUGCUAUGACUCUGCGAGAUUGCUCUUUGUUUGUCGUCGUACCUUUGCACGAAGGCAAUAUUACGUCCAAGCUUGCCGAUCUCGACUUCAAGUCGGCUGAGAAGAUGGACGACUGGAGAGAUAAGGAGGCGGCUUUAGUUGAUGACGGCUGGUAUGUGAAGAAUCCAGAAAUCCAUAAUGUGUGCUUGCUGGCGGGAAAGAGGUUGACAUAG